AUGGCAAUAGCAAUCACUCACGCAACGAACCAGCAGGCUUUAACGCACAUCCAUUCCCUUCCUCCCGAAAUCCUCGCCUACAUCUUCUUACUGUGCUUAACAGAUGCGAGUCACCUGCCCACACCCUACCGGACUCCUCUCCUGCUCUGCCAGGUCUGCCGCUACUGGCGCUACCUUUCUGAAAGGAUACCCUUCCUAUGGAUGAAUUUGGAGGUCGCUGUCACACCCAGUCGGAAACCACAUUCGCCUAUAUCCAACUCGCAACCUUCGAUAUCAUUUCCCGGCCAUGUCCACGUCGCUCCGCCGACGUGUCAACCGUUCAGGUCGAGCGCUCAUCUCAUCCCUUUAAGCCGAGCGCAUUGGAUCACUCGAACGUGGCUUGCCAACGCUUAUCCUCUCCCACUCUCCUCCCUGAAGCUCAAAGUCUCUCGGUUCGCUUCCGGGUUCCGAACGGAUUGGGAGUCUUCGGAGGCCUACGAUGGAUUCUGCCAGAGAGUCCUAGAGGUGGUUCUUGGGCUAGAUGGAGGCUGGGUUUCUGGGGGAAAGAUAACAGAGGAUCACGCCAUGGGUUUCGUUCUCGAUGAAGGAUAUGGAAGCCGUGGUCCCGGAAUUGAGAGGUUGGAAUUGGAGGUGGACUACCUAACAGAUAUACCCGGAUGCGUAUCUGCGCGGCAGGUGAAAUGGAUCCAUACCAGGCCGCUGACAACUCUCGUGCUGCGUGCGAGCUAUCAAAGCUACCUCGACGACCCCCGCCAUUCGUCGCAAUUCGCCGCCAUGCACCAUUCAAUCUCGCCUUUCUCGUCAGCUUGUGCGCCGCAGCUUCAAGAUGUAACACUCGAUGUUCCAUGGCCUGAGCUCGUAUCCUUCAACGAUAACCCCUAUCACAUUCCCUUCGACCCCCUGUUCCACGCCAACCUCUCACCCCUGUUUAACUGGGAAAAACUGACGUCGCUCUCGAUACUUCAGCCAAUCCCAGUUCACAUAUGGAGACUUCUUCUAUCGCGAAGUCUUUCGCUGGAGACUGGACGUUUCGAGGUGUUUCCUAUGGACUCGCCUACGGUGGGGUGGCUGGUGGAUGACGUGGCUGAUCCUACACCAGGGGAAGCGGUCUUGCCCACGUACCUGCACACUUUGCAUCUGGUGCUCAACGAGAAAGGUGUCGUACGGGACCAACAUGCGGACAACGACGCGACAGCUCCGCUCCUUUUCCACACCACAGUCCGAAAUACCCAGUUCUUGUCAUCGCGAAACCUCACCCUUGCUUCUCACUCGAAACAAGGAUUCGAUUUCCCCGUCAUUCCAUUGCACCACCCCUCAUCGGCUUCUUGGACCCUCCUCGACUCGUUCAAGUGUUACGAGUCCGUUAGGAGUCGUUUCUAUGCAGCUCGAAAACGAGACUUCAUUUAG